UGUGUUUCUUGCAUGGCUAGAAUCUUUCUUGCUAAGCAAGACCAGUCGACCCCUACUCGUUGGUUGGAAGGGACCUGUCCUUGCCCAACUUGCAGAGCGACAUUCUGUGUUAUGGAUGUGGCUCUUCUUUCCUACUAUGAUGAGGAAAAUCAUGAUCCGGUUGUCGCCGAAGAAGUGGAGCAGUAA